UCAGUCAAGACCCUAGAGUCAAACGUGACAAUACGCCAAAAUAUUUUAGUAUCUAGCCUACGGAUAGGUGCAAGUUUAAGCGCGGUGUGAUUCAACCGAAUGCAAAAAUAAAAAGUGUUCGGGAUUAUUUUUGUGUACAAAAGUUAAACUUUUAGCACCUACAAAUAUCUAUUGAAGGACUUCUCUUUGUUUAUGGACUAUUAAUAAAAUCAGUGAAAACAAACUAAUUUUGAGUGAUUGAAUAAAAAUAAGUUCAGUGAAUGUCAGAGAAGAUCAUUGGUGAAAAAGAAAUCUCUCGGAAACGCACGAAAAUGGGUCACUUGUCCACUUCGGAUCGCGUUAAUACGUCAAUGCUAACAGCAAACGGAUGUGUUGGUACCGUAAAGGAUACCAAAUUAUCCUCUACAAAUGAUAAUAAUAAUACUUUAAAUAUGUACGGUAACGGAAAUGGAGUUUGUAAUGGUAUUGGAACAAAGUUAUUAAAUGGCGGUGCAUGCACCAGCAAUGGACUAUGUGCUAAUCGAAAUGGAUUCUUAUCCAAUGGAAGUGUAAAACUAUUUGAAAAUGGUGGUUAUGAGAAUGGUGGUAUUCAAACAGUUGUUCUAACCAAAAGCGAUACACAAGAUGUUGAAAGUGAUGCUUCGUCAAUUGAAGAUGUUAAAAAUGCUGAAGCAUAUUUUGAACCAACUCAUAAUAUCAAUUUGGAAGAGUAUACGAAAAAUUUCAAAGGUGACACAUUUUUGGGUUAUAAAUUUUUAGCACCAUUGAAAUGGGAUAAAAUUAUACAAAUUACAUUGCUGCAUAUGGUGUUUUUGUAUGGAAUUGUGAUUUAUGAUUUGAGAGAUUUGAAUCUUAAAACUGCACUUUUUGCAUUCUUUACUGGUGGUCUAGCUGGAUUUGGAGUAACUGGAGGUGUGCAUCGACUAUGGACACACAAGUCAUUCAAGGCCAAUGUUCCACUAAGAGCAAUAUUGAUGGCGUGUUUUUCACUUUCUGGACAGAAUACUAUUUACGAUUGGGUGCGUGAUCAUCGUGUCCAUCACAAGUUCUCCGAAACCGAUGCCGAUCCGCAUAAUUCGAAUCGUGGAUUUUUCUUCGCUCAUGUUGGCUGGCUAAUGAUGCUAAAGCAUCCAGAAGUUCUAAGAAGAGGCCGUCAACUUGAUAUGUCCGAUGUGUUGAGCGAUCCUGUUGUACAGUUUCACCAGAAACAUUUCAUCUUAUUGAAACUUUUGCUGUGUUUCCUGAUUCCGACACUUAUUCCAGUUUAUUGCUGGAAUGAAAAGUGGUAUUGUGCAUUCUUGACGCAAUGUGUUUUUCGUUAUGUAUGCAGUUUGAAUUUCACAUGGUCAGUAAAUAGUGCUGCCCAUAUGUGGGGAGCUAGGCCUUAUGAUAAUCGCAUCAAUCCAAGUGAGAAUCUUUGUGUAUCAAUUGUCGCUAUGGGUGAAGGUUGGCACAACUAUCACCACGUCUUCCCCUGGGAUUACAAAGCAGCUGAAUUGGGAAAAUAUUCAGUCAAUCUUACAACCUUUUACUUGGAUAUGUUCGCAAAAAUGGGUUGGGCGUGGGACAUGAAGCAACCAUCCAAGGAGUUGGUAAAAAAAACCAUCGAGAAAUAUGGAGAUGGAUCACACUUUUCCCACGGUCACGUACACAUCGCAGAAAUUCCAGAUCCAACAGAGAAAGUGCCGUACUACGACGAAAAAAAAAACUUUAAAGACGACUAGCCAAAGGGGUUAUACUUAAAUUUAGAGUGAAGACGGGGAUUAGAUGUUAAGUUUAAAAACAAACAAAACAAAAAAAUCGAAAAAUCAGACAUUAUACCACAUUUAGAACUUUUUCAAAAGUUUCUUUUUUUUAAACAAAAGGUUAGGUUUUUGAUUAUAUGCAAACAAAUUUAUGUUUGGGGGAGAUAUUCUGCAUUUUUUCGAAGGAUAUAGGAACAUAAUUAUUUUUACUAAGUUAAAUUAAAAUUAAAAAACAAAAAAAUUUAAAAAAAAAAAUUACACAUUUUUUCAGAUAAAAUUAUUUAAUCACCAUGCACACACGUUUUUGAGGAACAAAUUUUAUUAUUACCUGUCGAAAAUACAUUUAUUUUUUGCAUCCGUAUUAUAUUAAAUGAGGCACGUUAAAGAGGAUUUUAUUUUUGUUGUUCAAAAACUCACACACCCUAGGUAUUACAUUUUUCUUUUUAGUUUUUUUUUUUUUUUUCAUUUCUAA